AUGCGUAUCGGGGAGUGGGAGCAUAACGGUGGCAGACUACCUGACCCGAUCCCUCCUUCACUACCUGACCCGAUCCCUCCCACACUACCUGACCUGAUCCCUCCCACACUACCUGACCUGAUCCCUCCCACACUACCUGACCUGAUCCCUCAUACACUACCUGACCUGAUCCCUCAUACACUACCUAACCUGAUCCCUCAUACACUACCUGACCUGAUCCCUCCUUCACUACCUGACCUGAUCCCUCCCACACUACCUGACCCGAUCCCUCCCACACUACCUGACCCGAUCCCUCCCAGACUACCUGACCCGAUCCCUCCUUCACUACCUGACCCGAUCCCUCCCACACUACCUGACCUGAUCCCUCAUACACUACCUGACCUGAUCCCUCCCACACUACCUGACCUGAUCCCUCCCACACUACCUGACCUGAUCCCUCCCACACUACCUGACCUGAUCCCUCCCACACUACCUGACCUGAUCCCUCCCACACUACCUGACCUGAUCCCUCCCACACUACCUGACCUGAUCCCUCCCACACUACCUGACCUGAUCCCUCCCACACUACCUGACCUGAUCCCUCAUACACUACCUGACCUGAUCCCUCCCACACUACCUGACCUGAUCCCUCAUACACUACCUGACCUGAUCCCUCCCACACUACCUGACCUGAUCCCUCCCACACUACCUGACCUGAUCCCUCCCACACUACCUGACCUGAUCCCUCAUACACUACCUGACCUGAUCCCUCCCACACUACCUGACCUGAUCCCUCAUACACUACCUGACCUGAUCCCUCCCACACUACCUGACCUGAUCCCUCAUACACUACCUGACUUGAUCCCUCCCAGACUACCUGACCUGAUCCCUCCCACACUACCUGACCUGAUCCCUCCCACACUACCUGACCUGAUCCCUCAUACACUACCUGACCUGAUCCCUCCCAGACUACCUGACUCAAACCCUCCACUCUUCUUACCUAUAUCAUCUCACUGGAGAUAUCAGCACCUCACUGAAGUCAUCAUCACCUCACUGGAGUACUCAGCAUCUCACUGGAGAUAUCAGCACCUCACUGAAGUCAUCAUCACCUCACUGGAGUACUCAGCAUCUCACUGGAGAUAUCAGCACCUCACUGAAGUCAUCAUCACCUCACUGGAGUCAUUAUCACCUCACUGGAGUACUCAUCACCUCACUGGAAUACUCAGCAUCUCAGUGGAGUCAUCAUCAUCUCACUGGAGUCAUCAUCACCUCACUGGAGUACUCAGCAUCUCACUGGAGUCAUCAUCACCUCGCUGGAGUCAUCAUCACCUCACUGGAGUACUCAGCACCUCACUGAAGUCAUCAUCACCUCACUGGAGUGUUCAGCAUCUCACUGGAGUCAUCAUCACCUCACUGGAGUCAUCAUCACCUCGCUGGAGUCUUCAUCACCUCACUGGAGUACUCAGCAUCUCACUGGAGUCAUCAUCACCUUGCUGGAGUCAUCAUCACCUCACUGGAGUACUCAGCACCUCACUGAAGUCAUCAUCACCUCACUGGAGUACUCAGCAUCUCACUGGAGUCAACAUCACCUCGCUGGAGUCAUCAUCACCUCACUGGAGUACUCAGCACCUCACUGAAGUCAUCAUCACCUCACUGGAGUACUCAGCAUCUCACUGGAGUCAACAUCACCUCGCUGGAGUCAUCAUCACUUCACUGGAGUCAUCAUCACCUCACUGGAGUGCUCAGCACUUCACUGGAGUUAUUAUCACCUCACUGGAGUUAUUAUCACCUCAUGGGAGUCAUCAUCACCUCACUGGAGUACUCAGCAUCUCACUGGAGUCAUCAUCACCUUGCUGGAGUCAUCAUCACCUCACUGGAGUACUCAGCACCUCACUGAAGUCAUCAUCACCUCACUGGAGUACUCAGCAUCUCACUGGAGUCAUCAUCACCUCGCUGGAGUCAUCAUCACCUCACUGGAGUACUCAGCAUCUCACUGGAGUCAUCAUCACCUCGCUGAAGUCAUCAUCACCUCACUGGAGUACUCAGCACCUCACUGAAGUCAUCAUCACCUCACUGGAGUACUCAGCAUCUCACUGGAGUCAACAUCACCUCGCUGGAGUCAUCAACACCUCACUGGAGUACUCAGCACCUCACUGA